UUGUCAAUUUCUUGCGCUCCCGUUGAAACGACUGGUUGUUGUUUCCCAGGGUUAGGAGGAAGAAGUUGUCCACCUCGCUGUGUCGGAGGUUUGGGAACACCGAGAGAGGAUAACAGACUCUAUCGAGGGAGCUUCACUUUCUUCUGUGACCAGAGGACGACCUGUGAAACUGAAUGGGAAGAGAGUAUUGGGCUGAAAGGAAGGCAGGAAGGAUAUAACCUACCCAUCACCUUGUAGCACAACGCGGUGUGAGCGGCAACGCUGCAACUCCUCACACCGCUGCACUGGAUUGUGUUGGGAGCAAACAAGGGAAUGACAUAAACAUACACAGAGAUGGUUUACUACCCUCGGGGACCUUCAGAGACACUACUACUACUGCUGCUGCUGUGAACUUUUCUGUCCUAAAACUGUACAGACGAGAAGGGGGGUUAAAAAAAUUGCUUCUUCCUCUUAUCAGCAAAAGGAUUAAUUAUGCCGGACCAAAUCACAGUUUCAGAGUUUGUGGCAGAGACGAAUGAAGACUAUAAAUCGCCGACUGCCUCUAACUUCACCACCAGGAUGUCCCACUGCAGGAAUACAGUGGCUGCACUGGAGGAGUCUCUGGAUGUGGACCGCAGUGUUCUGUACAAGAUGAAGAAGUCUGUGAAAGCCAUCUACACAUCCGGUCUAGCCCAUGUAGAGAACGAGGAGCAGUACACUCAGGCCCUGGAGAAGUUUGGAGAAAACUGCGUGUACAGAGAUGAUCCUGAUCUGGGUUCAGCUUUCCUCAAGUUCUCUGUUUUCACCAAGGAGCUCACUGCGCUCUUCAAAAACCUGUUCCAAAACAUGAACAACAUCAUCACGUUUCCUCUGGACAGCCUGCUGAAAGGAGACCUGAAGGGAGUCAAAGGGGAUCUGAAAAAGCCUUUUGACAAAGCCUGGAAGGACUACGAAACAAAAGUCACCAAGAUAGAGAAGGAGAAAAAAGAGCACGCCAGGCAGCACGGGAUGAUCAGGACGGAAAUCAGUGGGGCAGAAAUCGCUGAAGAGAUGGAGAAGGAGAGGAGAUUCUUCCAGCUGCAGAUGUGUGAGUAUCUCCUCAAAGUCAAUGAGAUCAAAAUCAAGAAGGGUGUGGACCUGCUGCAGAACCUCAUUAAGUACUUCCACGCACAGUGCAAUUUCUUUCAGGACGGGCUGAAAGCCGUGGACAACCUGAAACCUUCCAUAGAAAAACUGGCCACAGAUCUGCACACGAUAAAGCAGGUGCAGGAUGAGGAGAGGAAACAGCUGACUCAGUUAAGAGACGUCCUCAAGUCUGCACUACAGGUGGAGCAGAAGGAGUCUAGGAGAGAUUCACAGGUGCGGCAGAGCACCACCUACAGUCUGCACCAGCCGCAGGGUAACAAGGAGCACGGCACAGAACGCAGCGGGUACUUGUACAAGAAAAGUGACGGGUUGAGGAAAGUGUGGCAGAAGAGAAAAUGCACAGCAAAGAACGGAUACCUCACCAUCUCACACGGCACAGCUAACCGGCCGCCAGCUAAACUCAACCUGCUCACCUGCCAGGUGAAACACAAUCCUGAGGAGAAGAGAAGCUUUGACCUCAUAUCCCAUGACAGAACCUAUCACUUUCAGGCCGAGGACGACCAGGACUGUCAGAUCUGGAUCUCGGUGCUACAGAACAGUAAGGAGGAAGCGCUGAAUCAGGCCUUUAAAGGGGACCAGCAUGUCGGCGAGAACAACAUCGUGCAGGAGCUGACCAAAGCAAUCCUCGGAGAAGUCAAGAGGAUGACGGGAAAUGACGUGUGCUGUGACUGUGGAGCGCCCAACCCAACAUGGCUAUCCACCAACCUGGGCAUCCUCACCUGUAUUGAAUGUUCGGGGAUCCACAGGGAGCUGGGAGUCCACUACUCCAGGAUCCAGUCCCUUACUCUGGACGUACUCAGCACCUCAGAGCUCUUGCUGGCCAAGAAUGUGGGGAAUGCAGGCUUUAAUGAAAUCAUGGAGGCUUGUUUAAGUGCUGAAAAUGUGAAACCCAACCCAGCUAGUGACAUGCAGGCGAGGAAAGACUUCAUCACAGCCAAAUACACAGAGAAACGUUUCGCUAGGAAGAAGUGUCCUGAUGCGACGUCGCGGCUCCACACGUUGUGUGACGCAGUGAAGGCCCGGGACAUCUUCUCCCUCAUCCAGGUCUAUGCUGAGGGAGUCGACCUCAUGGAGCCCAUACCUCUGGCCAACGGACACGAACAAGGGGAGACAGCCCUUCAUCUUGCAGUCAGACUGGUGGAUAGAACGUCUCUUCACAUCGUCGACUUCCUCACUCAGAACAGUUUGAAUUUGGAUAAGCAGACGGCCAAAGGCAGCACAGCGCUGCACUACUGCUGCCUGACCGACAACAGCGAGUGUCUGAAACUGCUGCUGCGGGGGAAGGCCUCCAUAGAGAUUGCUAAUGAGGCCGGGGAGACACCGCUGGAUAUCGCUCGGAGGCUCAAACACCUACAGUGUGAGGAGCUGUUGAACCAAGCGCUGGCAGGGAAAUUCAACGGUCAUGCCCAUGUUGAGUAUGAAUGGUGCUUGCAGCAUGAAGACAUGGAUGAAAGUGACGAAGAUCUGGAUGAGAAGCCCAGCCCUCAUCGCAGAGACGAGCGUCCGGUCAGCUGUUACACCCCGAGCAGUAACUCCCACCUCCAGGCCAGUCUGGGCUCUGCGGGCCGCGACGCUGCCAGCCUCGCCAAGGACAAGCAGCGUACCUUCAUGCCCAACCUGGUCAACAACGAGACCUAUGGCACCAUCCUCAACGCCAACCCGCCUCAGCCCGCCACCACCUCUGCUCCGCCCCUGCCCCCGAGGAACCUGGGCCAGUUAUCCGGUCUGGGGGGGAUCGGUCAGUCUUCAGCGUCCAGCAGCUGGAAGCCCAGUUCUUUAGACCUGGUUGGCCGACAGAGGUCGUCCUCAGACCCCCCCAACAUGCACCCUCCUGUCCCCCCCAUGAGACUCACUUCAACCGGAGGUCUGGGUGCUCCUGUGGCGAAGAUGGAGGCCAUGAGCAUACAGUCCAAGUCAGGCCAGGGACCACUGGGGUCCAGAGCAGUGCCACCUAAAUCUCCUGCAGGCAAUGAUAAAAGCUUCAACAGAGGACCUCUAAAUCGAACACAAUCUAUCGAAAGACCAGCUAAGGAAGUGCCAGGAUGCCCCCAGAACUCCAUAGGUCAGUCUCUGCCUCCAGCCCCCAUGCCAAGGAAGAACUACCCAAAGCAGCGCCCGAAGCGAGUGAAAGCCAUCUACAACUGCGUAGCCGACAACCCAGACGAGCUGACCUUCUCUGAGGGCGAGGUGAUCGUGGUGGAUGGAGAGGAGGACCAGGAGUGGUGGCUGGGCCACAUCGAAGGCGAUCCGAUGAGAAAAGGAGCCUUCCCGGUUACAUUUGUACACUUCAUCGCUGACUGAACGGUUGCUCUCUGGGUCUCAGGAAGUGUCACGGGACGCGCCGUCUCUCCUUCACCCGUCUCUGUCCACCGGCCAGCCAAACCUCCACCAUCGUCCCAUUGUUUGUGGUCGACAUCAUCAUCUUCACUGGCAUCAUUGACGUGCUUGUUCAAGUGUCACUGCUGUAUCAUCACCUCAGCUGCAACUUUGCACGGGUGUCAUCGUGGCAACCUGAAAGUCUGGGUGUCACUCCCUGCGUGGACUCAUGGGACUGUAUGUGGUUUUAAUGCUUGCUGUUAAUGUUUCCGACAAAAAAUCUUUAAGAUUUAAACAGGAUGAUUGUAGUGAAUGACCUCUGGCAAUAAAUGCACUUUCCUUGUCUUUAUCCUUGUUACAACAUGAGACGACAUGUGACAUAAUGAAGGUUAUAUGUACAGUAUUCAUUUGUUCCGCUUUCUGCUCAGCCGCAUUGUACAGACAGUCCUGAAAGCGAUAGUACUGAGAAGACUACAUCAAUGUAUUUCAUCUUACUAACAACUGUAAAUGUGAACAUAGUCAACAUGCUUACAUUCCACCUCCAUGCAUGAGCAAUUUUAAAUGCCUACUGGCUUAUAGGUGCGACUUUUUAACUCUGUAGUAGACCUCCUGUGUGGAGGUUUUCCUAAUGGUGCUAAGUUAACCCCGAAAUAUGCUAGAAGCUGCACCCGAGGGAGCGCUUCCCUGUCCCUGAUUCAAAGACACACUUUUGUGGAAAGAGGGGAUGCAAAAAUAAUGUAAAAAUAGCCUCCAGCUCAUCACACCUAGGAGAAACCACUUUACACUCACAAGUGUAAAAAGUGAUAGAGCUGCAUCCACCUUCUACGAAUGCUUCCCCCCCACACACACUGCCUGUUAUUUCACCAUGGAGGAUAAUAUUGAACAGCAACACUCCAGUUCUUCCUCCUGUACUGUUUUAGGUGAAAUGAUGAGACUGACUGGAGCCACAGCAGCCAGUAAUUACCUUUUACGUCGAGUCUGACACCUCAGGCCGUCUUUGCCUGACACCUGCCUUAUUAGAGGAACAGGAAGCGUUUGUGUGUGUGUGUGUGUGAACGUCUCGUCUGCACAGAAUAAGCUGAGAAUGAAAUAAUAUCAAAGUAAGAGGAAAUAAGAGUGUGGGAAUGUGAUGAAAAGCGAGACAUAGCUCUGUGACUUUUGUUGCUUCCUCUUGAACUCAGACUCUGACAAGUUUUUUGUUCACAAAAGAGCUGAAAUGGUCUCUUGUCUUUGACACUCUCUAUACACCCAGACACAGAGAGACAAAGGAAUAUCCUUCCUGCAGCUUAAGCCUCUCAUCUCUGGGGUCCUAUAAUGUUCAAAGAUGAGUUUAUCAAUAGUGUUAUGAAAUAAAUAUAAAGCAUUCAAUGUAAUUAAAUUCAUUUUGGUUGCAGAGCAACUUUCUUUCUGUUCAUAUUGUUGAUAUUUAGGCAUUCAAACUGAAACCAGAGCCUUCCAUGGAUUUGUGAAUGACAAGAAGAGAAGCAUGUGAAUCGUAUCUGAUACACUCUCUUCAUCAUGUUUAAUAUUAAUUCACUGGAAACAGGAAGAUUUAAUAAUCUAUUCAUGUAAAUAGAUUUGGUUUUUGUUUUGUUGAUAUUUAAAUGUAAACAAAAGAGCGUUAACCUGGGCAGUAAAUGUCUUUUAAUGCGCUGUGUGUGGUGGUGAGCAGUUACAGAUACGACCUCAGCUGGACCUGUGUGUUUGUGCUGAAAACACAAAUACAGACACACACACACACACACAACUAGGAAAAUAAACUUAAUCCAUUCUCAUUAACUGUCUGUGGAUCACUGCAUCAACUCUUAACUCUAUUGUGCAAGUAAAUGGGAAAAUGAAACUGGAAUAAUAAAAUCUGAAAUAAUACAA